AGCACCAGAGAAGAAGAAGAAGAGCAGGAAGAAGACGCAGAAGAAGAAGUAGCGACAACAGUCUUGAAACUUGUGUGUGUGAGACAGUGUGUGUGUGUGUGUGUGUUCUCAGUGUGUGUGUCGGACCGGGCCCAGCCGUCAUGUCCGCGGCGGAGGACGACACGGAGCUGCGGGACCUGCUGCUGCAGAACCUGGAGAACAACGGAGUCCUCAACAAGCUCAAGGCGGAGAUCCGGGCCGCCGUCUUCCUGGCGAUGGAGGAGCAGGACAAGGUGGAGAAUAAAACGCCGCUGGUCAAUGAAAACCUGAAGAAGUGUCUCAACACCAAAGACGGACGCCUGGUGGCGAGCCUCAUCAUCGACUUCCUGCACGUCUUCAGCCUCGACUUCAGCCUCGCCGUCUUCCUGCCCGAGAUCAACUCGCUGAAUGGUCUGGACACGCGGGAUCACGUCUGCAGGGAGUUUGGCUUCUCCGACUCGGAGGUGAACAGGAACGCUCCUCUGCUGCUGGAGCUCGUCAAGAGAGGAAGACACAAGGACAGGGCGGCCAUCUUGACCGAGUCCGGCCUCGCCGCCCAGCAGGGAGACAAGCCUGCACACCUCCCCAAGGAACUUUCGCCCAAACAGAUCGCCGACGCCAGGAAGAAGUUUGAUUUUUAUGACAAGGACAGGAGCGGCUCGGUCGCAAAGGAAAAUGUGAAAAGCGUCUUGGCAGAUCUGUUCCCCGCUUUUAACAAGAACAUGCUGGAGAGGUUCGUCGCUGACGAGCUCAGAGCUGCAGACAAAUCCUUCAGCAGGACGCUCGACUUCCAGGAGUUCCUGGGACUCUACAGGCGUCUGUUCGCUCAGUGCAGAAGUGUGGUGGCUCAGGACUCGGGGGACGGCAGCCAUCCCGCCGGCCGCGUCCCGGACGACAAAACCAGCCCGUCGCCCGCCAGCAAGGACGAGGAGAUCCCCAGGUAUAAAGGCCAUAAGCACAGAGGACAGGAGCAGAGAGCUGCCAAGAGUGUGGAGUUGAACCGCAGCGACAGCAGCGCCUUCCCUGCCGGUAAAGUGGACGUCCAGCCGGGAUCCAGACACAGCGAGGCGCCGGGAGACAAAAGUUCCUCCUCCAGCCUGAAGAAGGCGCUGGACCUGGAGCUGGAGGUGGAGGAGGACCCGGACGAUGGAGAUUCCUUCUUCGACGACCCUCUGCCCAAACCGCAGAAGACCUACGGCUGGAAGCCGGAGCCGCCCGGGGCCCGGGGCCGCCCGGCAGGCUCCCUGUCAGAGCCGGACGUCCCCAAACCUGCAGGGGCCAGCAGCGUGUCGGAGCCCAGCCACAGCAGGACCGGAAGCUCCAGCUCCAGAGAGAAAGGCCUGCGGGACCUGAGGGACAAGACCGGAUCCCUGCACCUGGAUGAUGAUGUUGAAUAUGACGACGACUUCAACAGCCAUCGCUCAGAUCUGUCCAAGAGCGAGCUGAGCAUCGGAGAGGAGCUCGAGGAGGUUUCCAUCGAGGGGCCGGAGAACAGCGAGAAGUUUGAUGAAAGCACCCAGGACCUGAGCGUCUCUCAGCUCAGCCAGAGCCACGGAGCCGACUACAUGGAGGAGGUGGCCUGACCUCCCAUCAUGCACUGCUGUCUGCUGUCCAUAUUUAUGUCUGUACGGUUUAAUAAAAUGAUGCUGUUUGA